CAGCCUGGGCUGCUACGAUUUCUGCACUCGCUCCUGAUUGCUGGUCCCCAGCGAGCAGGCGUCAUUGAAUUACUCAGCCGCCUCCCUCUGCAGCUCCCAGGCCAAACCACCCAGGUUUGGGGCUUAAUCUAAUCUAGGGCUCGGGUGGGGUGGCUCGCCAGCCCACUGACUCUUUUUACCCCUCCAUCUGUAAGUCACACGCACCGCAGCCGUGGAAGUGAGUCGUAGUUUGGGCCGCCACACCGGACUGUUGUGCCUUUUAUCCCACACCCCACCCCUGUCCCCAAUCCUUUCAGCCACAAGAAGAGUCAAUGUGGGGCUCCCUGGAAUCUAGCACCGUCCACUUUCGAUCCAAGUGUGUUCUCCAAAAGGCUGGGAAAGGGGAAGGGAGAAGGGAGAAGGGCAGGUUAAGGGUGUCAUGUGCUGUACCUUGAAUGGUGUGGCCUGUGGCUCUUGAACUCUCUGCAUCCCCAGCGCCUCCUGCCAGGGAAGUUCCACCUCCCUCCUUGAACCUCUGGCUCAGACUAGACGCUUGAAGAAAAGCUGCCAUCCAAGAAGACGACAUGCUUUCAGCACCCGCCCCCCCCGUAUGGGAAUGUUCACAGCUGGAUGAACAGCGAGAGGGUCCGCAUGUGUGGGAUCAGCGACGACAGGAAAAUUCCUGUAAACGAAGGUGACACUUCAAAGGCCGUACUGGAACUAAGGGAAGAAAACCCCUUGAAUCACAACGUGGUGGACGCGACCACGGCCCAUCGGAUCGAUGGCCUGGCAGCGCUGAGCAUGGACCGCACGCACCGGCCUGAUCCGGGAAGGGCUGCGUGUCCCCGGAAACAUCGUCUAUUCUAGCUCGUGUGGACUGGGCUCAGAGAAAGGGCGGGAGGCUGCCACAACCAUAGGUGGUCUGGGGUUUUCUUCCGAAAGAAACCCAGAGAUGCAGUUCAAACCGAAUACACCCGAGACGGUGGAGGCCUCCGCUGUCUCCGGAAAACCCCCAAAUGGCUUCAGUGCUAUAUACAAAACGCCACCCGGAAUACAAAAAAGUGCUGUCCCCACGGCAGAAACACUGGGCUUGGACAGACCUGCCAGCGACAAACAGAGCCCGCUCAACAUCAAUGGUGCUAGUUACCUGCGGCUGCCCUGGGUCAAUCCCUACAUGGAGGGGGCCACGCCAGCCAUCUACCCUUUCCUCGACUCGCCAAAGAAGUAUUCCCUGAACAGGUACAAGGCCUUGCUACCUCAGCAGUCCUACGGCGUGGCCCAGCCGCUGUAUUCUCCGGUCUGUACCAAUGGGGAGCGAUUUCUCUACCUGCCGCCACCUCACCACAUCAGUCCCCACAUCCCAUCAUCCCUGGCCUCGCCCAUGAGACUCUCGACGCCUUCGGCCUCACCCGCCAUCUCGCCUCUGGUCCACUGCGCAGACAAAAGCCUGCCCUGGAAGAUGGGCGUCAGUCCUGGGAACCCGGUCGAUUCCCACUCGUAUCCCCACAUCCAGAACAGUAAGCAGCCUAGGGUGCCCUCUGCCAAGGCGGUCACCAGCGGCCUGCCGGGGGACACGGCUCUCCUGUUGCCCCCCUCGCCUCGGCCUUCACCCCGCGUCCACCUUCCCUCCCAGCCCGCUGCGGACACCUACUCCGCGUUCCAUAAGCACUGUGCCAGGAUCUCCACCGCGCCCUCGGUCACCCUGUCGAAGCCAUACAUGACGGUCAGCAGCGAGUUCCCCGCGGCCAGGCUCUGCAGCAGCAAGUAUCCAAAGGCUCCAGAAGGAGCCGAAAGCACCCAGCCAGCUCCCGGGCACACCCGGAAAACAGCAGGCGAAGACAGAAAAGAUGGCAGCUCACCUCCUCUCUUGGAGAAGCAGACGGUUACCAAAGGCGUCACCGAUAAGCCACUAGACUUGUCCUCUAAAGUGGUGGAUGUAGAUGCUUCCAAAGCUGACCACAUGGAAAAGGUGGCUCCCACCGUCCUGGUUCACAGCAGAGCUGGAAGCGGCCUAGUGCUCUCCGGAAGUGAGAUUCCGAAAGAAACUCUGUCUCCUCCAGGAAAUGGCUGUGCUAUCUAUAGAUCUGAGGUCAUUAGCAUGGCUCCCUCGUCCUGGGUGGUGCCCGGGCCAAGUCCUAACGAAGAGAACAAUGGCAAAGGCCUGCCGCUGAAAAACAAGGCCUUGGACUGGGCCAUCCCGCAGCAGCGCAGUUCUUCGUGUCCCCGCAUGGGCGCCGCCGACGCCGUGGUCACUAACGUUUCGGGGUCGGUGUCGAGCGCCGGCCGCCCAGCCUCUGCGUCGCCGGCCCCAAAUGCCACCGCCGAGGGCAGCGAGACCAGCAGGAGCUCCGUGGAUACCACGCCAUCCGUCAUCCAGCACGUGGGCCAGCCCCCGGCCACACCUGCCAAGCACAGCGGCGGCACCGGCAGCAGGGGCGCCAAAGCCAGCAACCCAGAGCCGAGCUUCAAAGCGAAUGAGAAUGGCCUCCCGCCGAGCUCAGUAUUUCUCUCACCAAACGAGGCGUUCAGGUCCCCACCAAUCCCCUACCCCAGGAGUUACCUGCCUUACCCAGCGCCCGAGGGCAUUGCCAUAAGUCCCCUCUCCUUACACGGCAAAGGCCCUGUCUACCCUCAUCCGGUGUUGCCCAAUGGCAGUCUCUUUCCUGGGCACCUUGCCCCAAAGCCGGGACUGCCCUAUGGGCUACCCACGGGCGGGCCAGAGUUUGUGACCUACCAGGACGCGCUGGGGUUGGGCAUGGAGCAUCCCAUGUUGAUACCUCACACGCCCAUCGAGAUCACUAAAGAGGAGAAACCGGAGAGGAGGUACCGGUCCCACGAGAGGACCCGCUACGAGGACCCAAGCCUCCAGAACCGGUUUUCUGAGAUGCUGGAAGCCGGCAGCACCAAGUUACAUCCAAAAGUCCCCGCGGACAAGAACCUAAAGCCCAGCCCCAGCUGAAAUCAAGGGAAGACCGUCGUCAAGAGUGACAAGCUUGUCUAUGUAGACCUCCUCCGGGAAGAGCCAGAUGCGAAAACCGACGCUAACGUGUCCAAACCCGGCUUCACAGCUGAGAGUGUCAGCCAGAGUGCCGAGCCCACCAAACCCCCGCGUGACCCGGCUCUACAGCCACACCGGGAUUUCAUUGCCCUGAGAGAGGAGUUGGGGCGCAUCAGUGACUUCCACGAAGCCUAUACUUUCAAAGAGGCUCCGGGCCAGCCAGUCUCAGGCUUAAGCAAGGAGAAUGUUCCAGCGGUAACCAACAAGGAGAACCUGGCGAUGCCGGUCUCGACUCCAUUCCUGGAGCCGACCCUGGGGAGCGACAGCUCUGCGGUCACUUUCGGGAAAACCCAAGAGGAUCCCAAACCAUUUUGCAUGGGCAGUGCCCCACCGAGUGUGGACGUCACCCCCACCUACACCAAAGACGGAGCUGACGAGGCAGGAUCAACCGAUGGCAAAGUUCUGAAACCGAAGCCAUCUAAGCUGGCAAAGAGAAUCGCAAACUCCGCUGGUUACGUGGGUGACCGGUUCAAGCGUGUCGCUACCGGACUGUACGCAGACUCCAGUCAGCUCGGCCGGGAGCAGCGGGCGUUGCAGCGUGCAGUGAUGCGCUUCUCAGAGUUGGAGAUGAAAGAGCGAGAAGGUGGCCACCCCACGACCAAAGACUCCGAGGUGUGCAAAUUCAGCCCCGCUGACUGGAAAAGGCUGAAAGGAAGUCAGGACAAAAAGCCAAAGUCGGUCGCCCUGGAGGAGGCCAUUGCCGACCAGAACGACAGUGAGAGAUUGUGCGUGCUUGUGGCCUGUGGCCUGCAGCCUGCUCCGGACCCCAGAAACCUCACCGGUGAUGGGGAGUGUUAUGAUGGAAGCAAACCUGACCCCUUCAAAGCCCCAGAAGACAGUGAUCUUCCUGAGGACAUGGACACGGAGCCCCCCAGAGAGUCCCCCGCCGACCAGGCGGCCCCGGACGCGUCACGCAGCCCCACCCUCCGGCUGAACAGAAAGCGCAAGGUCUCUGGCAAUAGGAACCACACUGAGACCACUGUGCUCCCGGAGGACUCUCUGCUGAAAGCCAAGCGGAGACGGGUCUCCAAAGGGCUCCAUCCCAGAAAGCAGCGCCGCUUGCUGCACCUUAGAGAACGGCGGGAGCAGAGCAAACCUGGCCGGCAGGGCAGGAAGGAAGUGACCCAGGCGGUUCAGCCUGCGGUCACCCCCCAGGGCAAUAGCAUCUCCGAAGAGAAACCUGGCAGGAAAAGGGCAGAGGCCAAAAGCAACAGAAGCUGGUUGGAGGAGUCCCUUAAAUGCAGUGACAAUGAACAAGAUGUGCUGUUCACGGACAAAGAAAUGGAUUGGCAGCCUUCGCCCCUGCCGCAGAAAUACACUGACAACAGCGAGAAACCAUCCGGGAAGCGACCGUGCAAAACCAAGCAUUUGAUCCCUCAGGAGCCCAGGCGGGGCUUGCUGCUGCCAGGGGACUCCUACGUGGACAAUGCGGAUGGCAAGGUGACCGUCCGGAGAUUUUGAAAGCGGCCUGAGCCCAGUUCCGACUAUGAUCUUUCGCCAGCCAAGCAGGACCAGAAGCCCUUGGACCGUUUGCAGCAAUUGUUACCAGCUUCCCAGGCCUCGCAGCUGACAUGCUCAAGCUCCCGUCCAGAGACCACCCAGUCCCGCCCGAUGCCACCGGAAGCGCGGAGACUUAUUGUCAAUAAGAACGCGGGCGAGACCCUCGUACAGCAGGCCUCCUGGCUUGGCUACGAGGAAGUGGUCUUGUACUGCCUGGAGAACAAGAUUUGUGAUGUGAACCACCGCGACUACGCGGGUUACUGUGCCCCGCACGAGGCUUGUGCAAGAGGUUGGCUCAACAUCGUACGACACCUCCUUGAAUAUGGCGCCGAUGUCAACUGCAGUGCCCAGGAUGGAAGCGGGCCUCUCCACGAUGCUGUCAAGAAUGAUCAUCUCGAAAUUGUCCGCUUGCUCCUCUCCUACGGUGCUGAUCCUACCCUGGCUACGUACUCAGGUAGAACCAUCAAGAAAGUGAACCACAGCGAACUUCUGGAGAAGUUCUUAACAGAACCAGAUGAUGAAAGUGGUUACGAUGUUUUAGCAAAUCCCCCACGACCGGAGGACCAGGACGACAGCAACGAGGCCUAUGGUGACCUAUUAGAAUCUGAAUUUUCCGAAGACCCCCUUUUGCCGUGUUAUAACGUCCAGGUGUCCAUCGCUCAGGGGCCUCGUAACUGGCUGUUGCUCUCAGACCUGCUCAAGAAACUGCAAAUGUCCUCCUGCAUAUUCCGCUGCAAUUUCCCAAAUGUGGAAAUCGUCACCAUCGCGGAGGCCGAGUUCUGCCGGCAAGUGUCAGCAAGUCUCUUAUUCUCUUGCCCCAAAGACCUGGAGUCCUGUAAUCCAGAAAGUAAGGAGCUCUUAGAUCUGGUGGAGUUCACGAACGAGCUUCAGACUCUGCUGGGCUCAUCCGUGGAGUGGAUCCUCCCCAGAGACCUGGACUCAGACGACGACUGGUGAGCUCGCCGGGGCCCGCCGUGUACAGUGUGUCAUGGUGUUAAUCCUUGUGCAUAUGUGUCCUAAUACGACUAUUUCUGUAAAGAAAGGACACUAUGAGACACGACUCCAGUCGGAAGGACUUCAAAACAUGUUUUCUUCUUUUUAAAAUUU